AUGUCAGCGAUUACUGUAUUGGCCUUUUGGGCCGCGGCUCGGCGCGGGCGUGACGCCAUGGCGAGACAUCACUACAACCUAUUUGAUAUCAUGGCUGAGUCAGACAAGACGAAGGUGUUAGAUUGGCAACAAACUCCAUCGGAUAACCCACCCGAGAACGCAGAGUCGGUCUCUGAAUCGCGACCAACGCUCGAGCAGGCGCGGAGGUUUCUCGACGAUGAUGCAGUCCGCACUUCGAGCUUAGAGAAGAAGGCAGAGUUUCUGAAAAGCAAGGGGUUUGGGGAUGAGGAGAUUCAGAAACUAUUGGGCGGUGAAGCCGAACCGCAACAAGCAAAAACAGAGGUGGAAACCAAGUCGGAACCGCCAGAGACGUCUAAAGAUGUUACGCAGCCACGUCCAUCCACUGUGUCUUCACAAGCAUUAUCGACAACACCAAGCAGUACCCCCCCUAUCAUUACCUACCCCGAGUUCUUGACACAUUCUCCGCGGCCACCACCUCUCAUAACCCCGACACGCCUUCUCAACAUCUUCACCGUCUCAGGCACCGCCUGGACGUUUCUUUAUGGAGCAGCACGCUUCAUCGUGGAGCCGAUGGUUGAGACGCUCAACGAGUCACGAACCGACUACUACAGCCACGUCAACUCAAAGCUCUCGGAGCUGGUCGAAAAGCUCGAAGGCGCCGCAAGUGAAGUGCCCUACAAGAACGGCAAGCUGCUCAAGUCAGACGAGAACGUCGACGUCGACGAUAACAGUAGCUACGACGACCCGACGGAGCUCUUCCACCGCGACAUCGGGACGCAGACCUCGCCGCCACCGCUAGCCUUCCCCCGGGGCACCGCCGCCGGGUCAACUGAGGCGCCCAUCGACGUGCAAGCGCGGCGGUUGGCCCAGCUCACGUCUUCGCUCCAGGAUCUGACCGAUAUGUACACCAAAAAGGCCGAGAACUCGACCGACCUGCACAACACAGUGCGCGAGAUCCGCGACGAUGUCGACAAGCUGGCUUACCCUCCCAUGCCCGAGUACACGUCCCUGUACGGGGGGCCUGGGUUCGGCACGGGGCGGUCGUCGGAGCCCAAUGACGAAUAUCAGAAGACUAAGGACGCUAUACGUAGUGUGAAGGGAUUGUUCCUGUCAGCGAGGAAUUUUCCGGCCGCAGCAGCAGUGAGACAGGAUUCCGUUGCAUCGGCGAGAUAG